ACCGGUAGCUCCACCGGCGAGGUGGGAGCGCCGCAUGAAGCCUGAAAACGCGUCGUUGCCCUGCGGCGACACGGUUUUGAAUUUUCACCGUGAGCGUGCGCUGGUAUUGCUGGCCGGCAAAGCCCGAUGAAGUUCACCAGAGACAUCUGCCGGCUGCUGGGCUUGGGGGGCGAUGGGCCAGGUGAGGAGGAGAUGGAGGCUCAGGAUGGUGCUCCUGACCCAACAGGCAAAGGAAAAGGCCAAGGCUCGUCACAGGCCCUGCUCAACAAUGAGGAGGGUCUGGAUGAUGAGGAGAGAGCAAGAAGGAGAGCUGAGAGGAGGAGAGCUAAAAGAAAAAGGCAGAAAGAACGGAAGAAGCUGGAGAGAGAGGAGAAGAUGGAGGAUGCGUCAGAGCAGGAAGAAGAAGUGGCUGGAGCGGUGUCAGAGAGUGACAGUGACGCGGAAUUCAAAGAGGAGGAGCAAUGGACUGCGGUUCGUCCCAGAAACAAAUACAACCCUGAAUCAGUCCCUGCCCUUGUGACUACAGAGAACAAGAGCAACCGACACAGGACCUCUGAGGAGGAGCCAGAGUGGGACGUCAGCAGUGCAUUUGUGGCUAAUGCCGCCAGCCACAUCAAACUAAAAGGCCUGAAGAACAGUGCAAUACAGAUCACCAGAGAGAACAAGGAGAACGAGGCCAGGAGCAGCCAGGGGGAGAACACAGAAGAAAUGAGAAGGAGGGGGGAGUCUCUGACAGAGCAGGGCAUUCAGAUGUUCGGGCAAGGCCAGUACACCCAAGCAGUGGACAUGUUCACAGAAGCCAUCUUCUGUGACCCCAAGGACCACAGGUUCUAUGGAAAUCGGUCUUACUGUUAUUGGUGUCUGGAGCAGUACUCCUCUGCCCUAACAGACGCCCAGAUUUCCAUUGAGCUGGCUCCUGAUUGGCCGAAGGGAUACUUCCGUAAGGGGUGUGCUCUGAUGGGGUUAAAGCGCUACAGUGAGGCAGAGAAGGCAAUGGAGCAGGUGUUGAAGUUAGAUCAGCACAUUAAGGAAGCAUCCAGUAAACUCGUUACCUGCCAGGUCCUGCAGCUCAUGGAGGUGGGUUUUGAGGAAGAGCAGAGUAAACUGCUGCUGGAGAAGUUUAACACCGUUCAGGCGGUCCUCACCUCCUCUGAAGCCAAAGCACUGAAGCACACAUCUCUGCAGGACCAGAGUGGGAGCUGUCGCUCUUUGUGGGUUGGGAACAUUACAUUGGAAGUUACAGAGAAAGACCUCUGGGAUCUCUUCAAAAUGUUUGGCGAGAUAGAGAGCGUCAGAGUUCUUCAUGAGCGCUUCUGUGCCUUUGUUAAUUUCAAGAAUGCCACCAUGGCUGCCAAAGCCCUGGAGAAGCUCCAGGGUGUGGAGCUGGGGAGCAGCAAGUUGGUGAUGAGGUACCCAGACCGUUGGAUCCAGCGGACCCUGCCCUCCACAGAAAGGACCAACCCCGGGCUCAGCUCCAACGCUGCAGGAACACAGCAGAUCUCAGCUUCCACAGGGUCCAGGCGGAGAGUGCCUAUAAAUGGAGACGAGUGCUUCUAUUGGCGGACCACAGGCUGUUUCUAUGGCAACAAGUGCCGUUUCAAACACAUACCAGACCAGCAAGGUCGCGACAAGAAACCAUGGCAACCCUAACUACGUCCUCCACCGUCGCAGCCCCUUCACCGAGACUCAUUAAAGAAGGAUUUACAGAGAAAAAGAAGAACAAUAAAGACGUCAAGUGGAGGAGGAUGGAGGAAGAGAGGAUGAUCGGCCUGAGAAUACUGACAGCUGAAUGUGUGUGUGUGUGUGUGUGUGUGUGUGUGUGUGUGUGUGUGUGUGUGUGUGUGUGUG